CCUUCCCCCUUCCCCGAAUCGAAAAUCCCCCGCCCCUCGCCGAAUCGAUACCGCGGCAUAGGCGAUCUCGCGAUCCUGUGGUCGGCCGAGCCAACCAAACCCUAAGAAGCACGCCCAAUGCCGAUCCCGCAGGACGAGGCGGGAGAGAUUUCGGGAUCUAGGUCGAGGGCAGGGCGGUGGAAGCGGCGGCGGCAGCGGCGCACCCCGGUGGCGGACUGUUCGGGGAAGGCCCAACCGGAAGCCGCGCCGUCAUCGCAGCGAGGCAAGAGGAAAGCCUCCCCGGAGCCGUCGGCCGCAGCAUCGCAGCAGCGAGGCAAGAGCGAAGCCCCCCUAGAGCCGUCCGAGGGAUCCAAGAGGCGGAAGGGAACCACCAAGAAGCGGAAGGGAACUGACAAGAAGAAAGCCGCUACGAGCACGGGCGAGCAGGCGGCCCCAGCUUCACCAGGCGCAUCGCAUGCCUCCUCCUCCUCCUCCUCUGCAGUCAGCUCUCCUCUGCGUUGGCCUCACCCCCCAGCCUACAUCCGAAACCCAGAGAAUGCCCAUGACCCUGCGAUGAAGGAUGCCCUUGAAGCUUAUGACGAGCUCAAAUGCAAGUACCGUGCAAAAAGAAAGCUCCAACAACAGCUUGCAACGCUUGAUAUGUCUAUUUGUGGUUCGUGUAUGGCGAAUGCAAACUUGCAGAGCGUUCGUGAGUCUACUACAAAAACAAUCCUCCAAGCAGCUAAAGUUAUUUUUAGCUUUUCGUCCUAUGUCGAUGGUAAACUCAUGGCACGAUCAUCUGGUUUUCUAAUUGAUUGGGAUGAGGGGAGUAAAGAGGGCACUGUUUUGACAUCUGCGCGAAUAAUCUGCUCAAAAUACACGGCCCUAACCCAGUGGUCAGGUACAGAUGAGUAUGUACCUGAUGCUGAGAUUAUUGCUCAUUUGUUGGAUGAAGAUGAGACAACCGUACCUGCAAUCUUGUUUCGCUAUGACAAGCACAUCAAUAUUGCCGUGUUGAAGGUUAAUUUAGACUUGUGUGCUAAGAUUCCUAGGUUUAGUAGUGACAUAAACUAUGGUCAGGAGAUACUUGUGCUCGGUAGAGAUGAACGUUUAAACAUGACAAUUGCUCAUGGAUGUGUUCAUUUCAUGGGCCCAACUACAUACCAACGUCAUCAUUAUCUAUUCACUGGUUGUGAGCCCAGCAUUGGAGGAAUGGUUAUUGAUUUUGAUGGGCACGUUUUGGGGAUGGCUAAUUUUCCCGGGACAGCAUAUAUUCCUUCCUCUAUUGUAUUGAAGUGCUUGGAUAUGUGGAAAAAAUUUCAGUGUAUCCCUCGCCUGCAUAUUGGGAUGAAGCUUUCACCCAUUAAAUUUCUCGAUCCAAUUCAUGUGGAGAGGAUCUUUCGAAAGUGUAAUAUCGAUUCGGGUCUGAUAGUUAAAGAGGUGUCCCAUGGAUCGAUUGCUGAAGAACUAGGAGUUAGACCUGGUGAUGUCGUUGAUUCCGUGAAUGGAGAGUGUGUUGCUACCACAGUUGAGUUGGAGAACUUAAUUAUGAGAAUAUGCGAGAAUCAUCUUGACCAAGGAGGAGCCAUCGGUUCCUGCAUGGACAUUCUAGUUGGUAUCUUGCACAUGCGGAAAGGUCGCAAAGGUCCGAGGCGCACUUUAAGUCUGAGAUUAAAUGUAUCAGACGACGUAGAGGUGUUCACAAGUGAUUUCUGACUUGGCUCUGCAACAGACCGUGCCGAGUCCAUCGUUGGUGGGAUCUUCGCGCACCUGCACAGUGAAACGGCACUCACCAAGGAAGGUUGAAUACGAUGAAAAUUCUAAGAUUAAUGUACAGUUUUGCAAAAUUGAUCUGGGAAGGUUUUCUCUUAGUUUUUUUUGAAGGAUAGAGAGUGGGGAGAGUAGAGGUGCAUGUGAUCUGCAAACAAGAUUUAUAGAUUGCAUGGCUGUCUAGGCCGGCAUUUUAAGCUGCGAGAACGGAUCAGUGGACAGUUUGUAUUCUGUGUCUGCAUGUAUCGUAAGCAGAGUCAAGUUCAGAUAUUUAGAAGAAAACAUUCUCUUGGAGCGGAGCCCAAUUCCUUGCAUUGGACACCUGUUGUCUGAAGUGCAUAGUUUGAAGCCGUGUUUGACAGACAGACAUUUGAUUCUUAGUUUUUUCUCCGGCCGGCUCGGUGCGUCGUCCAAGCCUGCUACAUGAGCCGUUCAGUUCGGAGCAACAGAAAAUCGUCGUGGUCGCCGAGGACGACAUGGAACGCAGGGGUUGGCUUUGUGUAAUUGCGUUAAUGGGCCGCUGUAUGGCCCCUUGAAUCCCUCGGCCUUCCUAACGCCGAUGAGUCUGCAAAUAGGAGUAUUUGGUGGCAACGUGUGAUCUGUUUUGACCUGGUAACCGCGUCCAGUUUAGUCCCACAUGGAAACAUUGAGAAGAACGGCUCGGGGAAGAUGUGUAUAUAUGUGGAGGGUAUGACAACGUUGAAACUUACUUACCUGGACGGGGUCUAUGGGUGAUCAAUAAGACUCAUGGCCUAGACCAAUUGCUCACAUUGUACUUUGUGAGCGUGUUGAUCACUUUGUGAGCGUGUUGAUCUACCAUCUCCCCUUUGUGGGAGAGUGGACGUCGUAAUUUGUGAUGGGAUAAUCAUGUCCAGAAGUUGAUGAAGAGAUUUUCUAUUGAGGGGUCUGGAUGUAUAACAAGGCUCACAUGGCCUAGAUCAAUGGCUCACAUUCGUGAUGAUCUACCAUCGCCCCUUAAUUGCAGAGUGAAUGUUGUAAUUUUCAAAUUUUCUAUAGUUUUUUGUGUUCUACUCUUGUUAUUUUUCCUUGGUGCAAACCUUGUUUUGAAUUUAAAAUCUAUCAUUUUCUUAUAAUGCUAAUUUUCAUGCUUUGGUAAGCUUCCAAAAACUAUUUCACCACGAAUUUGCAAUCGCAAUGAAUACACAUAUCCAGGAAAAUGGAGUCAAUGAAUGCUAAUUAGAUUGGUGGUGCAGGCCCGAAAAACUGUCCAAGUGGUGAAGAUAGUUGAGAGGCAAGCACAAAGGAAUUCUAAGAUUAAUGCAUUGUUUUGCAAAAUUGAUCUAGGAAGGUUUCUUUUGUUGGUUUUGUUUAGCUGCUGGAGUGCUCAUAUUUUUUGGAGGGAUAGGAAGUAGAGAGUAGAGGUGCAUGUGAUCUGCAAACAUGUAUAGAUUGCAUUUAAGCUGCGAGCACGGAACCGUAGAUAGUUUGUAGUUUCUGUCAAUACAUGUAUUGGAAGCAGAGUCGGGUUCAGUUUUGAGAACGUAAGAAUAAUAUUCUCUUGGAGCAGAGCCCAAUUCCUCGCGUUGGACACCUGUUGGAGCCCAAUUCUUCAUCUUUUCUUGAAAAUCAUUCUCUCGUGACGUUCGAUGCACUUUAAUGAAAUCAUUCAUACGUGUCUGUGGUUUGAAACCAUGGAUCCAGCAUCCUACCCAACCGCAUUAGACAAGCCCUGCACGAGCAGAAAUAUAGCACUACCGUAUGCGACUCGGCACCAAACCGCUGGCAAGUAGGCGUUGCGAUUCUACGGCGGUUGGAACUUGGAAGGCUCACUCAUCGCCCUCCGACUGCAGCACGAGUUGACAUCGAUUUAACAGGCCUUCUUCCCCUCCGGUCGGCCAGCAUCUGCUCACACAAAUCUACAGACGUAUAUCAGCUCUUCAGCUGUGGAGAGUGGCAAGAAUUCAUCGACGGGUGUUCCAUGGUUGCUCCUUGCUCGUGGUCGGGCUCGAUCCUGAUUUUUUUUGAGGAUUACCAAGCUUUAUUAAUCAAAUACAACAGAUUGUGGGAUACAAGCAAGAUCAGGGGAUUGGCCAAACCAAACGUGCCGUCCCAGACCUAAAGACAAAG